CGAUUACAAACGUACCAACUACAUACUGAUAUGGAUAAUGCUCGGUCGUUUCUUUAUGUUGUGCGAGCUUUCUCUCUCUCGUAUUUUGGUUGUGUUGAUUUUCUUCUCCUUGGUCGCCGUUUCGUUGUUAGGAUUGAGUCCUUCAUCCUCUAUGACAGUAAUCCUUGUCGCAGCGAGCUGUCGCUUAGCUUAAUUGGAUCUGUUUAGCUUCGUUUCUUCGACAGUAGAGGCGUUGUUGCAUUAGUUCUUUCUUAUUUCUCAUAUCAUAGUCUUUGCCAGUCAUCAUGAGCAUGCAUUAUGGACAGGCUAGUGAUACUGAUAGCAGUCGUGAUCACAUCCGUGAUCGCUACUACUACUUCUUGACGUGAUUCAUCCCGAAUGAGCUGCCAGGUCUACAGUCGAGCAAUUGGCUUCGUCGUCGUAUCUUGGUAGUACUAGUAUUCAAGCUUUCAAAGAUCGUUGUGAUGGAGCCGGUUGAUCUAGCGAAAGCGGCAUUUGGAUCGACGUGCGUCCAUGAUUAUGGUGGGUAUUCUGAUAGGGUAGAGAUUACUAUCCUGUAAGAAAAAGAAAGUAAAAAUGUGACGCGUGUGGGUGUCGAUCUUCUUGUGUCUCGUAAUCAUGUUACAGAGAACUCUGCGAGACAUCAGGGAAGAUGAGUAUUAGGAUUUAGGAUCUUCGCAGCAACGGCGUGUUGAGUAGUUAGCUUUAUAGAUGCAAAACUAGUUGCAACAUAGUUGAGCUUGAGAUGUGAGUGUGACAGCCACAGCUUUGCGUUGGACAGGUUUUGUGCUUCUAUUUUUGACGUGAUGCACGGUGGGGCACAGCCUAGGAGAAUGGAACAAACUACGGCUAUCAGUAGGAGUAGGCGUAGGGCUUUCUUUAUCUUCUUCUCCUUCGUGCAUUCAUAUAUAGUUGCUUGCUCAUCUUCGUGCCUGUAUGUAUAAUCGACUCCUUAGACAUAGAACUAGAAGCACGUCUAACAUGCACUCUGCAGGAGCUAGGGAGGCAGUUCGGUUUUUCUUGCUUCUGGGAUUCGGCUUUGGCUUGUUUACUUCUAGGUGGUGGAAGUGGAGCUGGAUGUUUUGUUCUUGGUGAUGAUGUUUAGUUUCUCAGAUUUCUUGUUCUUGAAUUUGAUUACGAUUUCCAUUGAUUUUCGAAGCAUUGAAAACGGCGUAUAAUUCAGCUGUCUUGUUAGGAAUGACAUGGAUUACGAUUUGAACUGUUCUUGAAGCCGAAAUGUCAGGCGAUCUUCAUCGUAUUAGAUCUAUUACCAUUUAUAUUUUUAUGCAAAUACCUAACUCAGCUCUCUUGUAGUAAGUGUGAAGCGUUAUCUUAUCGACCCACACAUGCACGUAAUGGGUAUAAUCUAAAUCGUAAUCGCGUUUCUUAUCCUUUUUUCGAUUUGUAUCUGUUUUCUGUUCGAUGGCCAAAUUUGUCUAAACCUAAGAAUAAGAAUUAUAAUCCCUCAGGAAUCACAGCACGAUAAUGCAGUUUUUGGUUACUUAUCACAGAGCACUUACGAACGGACGCAGGCGCAAAUAGUACUAGGUUCCUAUUAGUUUCGACGGCACGAUCUCAAUGACCACGACGACGACCUUAGUUUCAAUUCCUAUCCUUAGAACUAGAAGCUCUAGCUAGAAGAGUUAGAAUAUGAUAACGAUUCGUCAGGCUAUAUGAAGGCGAAGCAUAACAAACCCAAACAGCAUGGUUAGAAAUAUGGAGUGGGUAACUCAUACUCACUGGGCAUUCUUAUCUUAGCAGUCCAACAGGAUAAAUAUCCUACUGGUGCUUAAUCUCAUACUUCUAGUUGUAGUAAUGAUUUUCGAAAAUUGACUACGAGACGUGACUGGCUUGGAGAUGAUCAAUUUAUGUAAGAUAUGCGGCAGCUACAUUUGAUUUUGAAGAAGUUCUUCGCUGCACCAGAUGCCGCUAGUUACGUAGCGUCUACUUCUACUCCGAGUCCAAUGUUGUCCAUAGCUGCUCAUAUCUGAGAAGUACGACGAUGUGAUAGAGCAAGGUCUAGAUGAAGAUGCAGAAAUAGUGAUAGUUCGGCAUUAUAGUCAUAGUCAUACAGUGCACAGAGACAGAGGGCCCUGCUUCAUAACAGCUCGGCCGUAAAUCAGCGUUGAUGUGUGGUCGUGGACUUAACGCGAGAGCUAACGUAGUAGCAUUAGACCACGCUGGAAACUAGAUCUCCAGAUACGUAGACGCGUGCGCUUGUGCACCAUACUCAAAAUGCGCAUAGGUGAUCAAGAUUUUAGACUGGCUUUUCCAAUGUUGCAUGGCUGAUUAGAGAUGGUUCGUCCUCUUCCUUAAUGAGGACCAAGAUGUAGAUGCACAUUGCACACGAAUAAGCGCGGAGAUCUUUGCUUCGCUUUUUAUGAUCCAGUCCGAGCUUGUCGCGUUC